CAUCACAAGAGGACCUCCGAAAUUGAUCUUAAAAAAACUCAAAAAUUGAUGAAUUUAAUUUUGAUGAUGAACAAGUUCAAAAGCAGUGUCAGUUUGAAAGCCCACCUCAUAUGGUCAGAAAAUCCGACGGCAAAUUUCUUCUUCACUCUCUGAUGCAAAACCCAUUUCUGCAACUCCCUUCAUUGCUCUUCUGCUUCUUGUUUUGAGCUAUGAUCUGCUGCACAACCCUAAUUCAGUAACGCUUUACCUUUCCUAAUGGAGGAUUCGGAGGGUGGUCUCAGCUUCGAUUUCGAGGGCGGUCUUGAUGCCGGUCCCACCAACCCCGCCGCCGCCUCCUUGCCCCUCAUCCACUCUGACUCUUCUGCUCCUCCUGCCGCCUCCGCCGUCUCCAACUCUGGCGCCGGUGCCGGCGGUCCUCCUGUUACUGCUGACGCUUCUGGCGCCGCAACUGGCAACGUUGGCAGCCGGAGGAGCUUCCGGCAGACGGUUUGUCGGCAUUGGCUCCGCAGCCUGUGUAUGAAGGGCGACGCUUGUGGCUUCCUUCACCAGUAUGAUAAAUCUCGGAUGCCCAUUUGCCGAUUCUUCCGUCUCUAUGGCGAGUGCCGUGAACAGGAUUGCGUGUAUAAACAUACCAACGAAGAUAUCAAGGAGUGUAAUAUGUACAAGUUUGGUUUCUGUCCAAAUGGUCCUGAUUGUCGGUAUAGGCAUGCUAAGUUGCCGGGACCUCCACCUCCGGUGGAAGAAAUCCUUCAGAAAAUUCAGCAUUUGGGUCCAUACAAUUAUGGCACCUCGAACAAAUUCUUUUCACAACGUGGAGUUGGCUUAUCUCAACAGAACGAAAAAUCUCAGUUUCCUCCGGGUCCAGCCACCGUUACUCAAGGAGUGAUAGGAAAACCUUCUGUAGCAGAAUCUGCUAAUGUUCAACAACAGCAAGCCCAACAGUCUGCACAACAAACCAGCCAGGCUCCAAUACAAACUGCUUCUAAUGGUCAGGUCAAUCAAUUAAACAGAAAUUCAACGUCUUUGCCUCCCGGAAUAUCUAGGUACUUUAUUGUUAAAAGUUGCAACCGUGAGAAUUUGGAAUUAUCUGUACAACAAGGGGUAUGGGCAACUCAAAGAAGCAAUGAAGCUAAACUUAAUGAAGCUUUUGAUUCUGCUGAUAAUGUUAUUUUGAUUUUCUCAGUCAAUCGGACUCGGCAUUUUCAGGGUUGUGCAAAGAUGAUGACUAGGAUUGGUGGAUCUGUCAGCGGGGGCAAUUGGAAGUAUGCACAUGGAACUGCGCAUUACGGGCAAAACUUUUCACUCAAAUGGCUGAAGUUAUGUGAACUAUCCUUCCAGAAAACUCGCCAUUUGAGAAAUCCUUAUAAUGAAAACUUACCAGUAAAGAUUAGUAGAGAUUGCCAAGAGCUAGAACCUUCUAUUGGUGAGCAGCUGGCUUCUUUGCUUUAUCUUGAGCCCGAUGGUGACCUCAUGGCUGUCUCGAUAGCAGCGGAAUCAAAACGAGAAGAGGAGAAAGCAAAGGGAGUUAAUCCUGAUAUCAGAAAUGAGAAUCCAGAUAUCGUCCCGUUUGAGGAUAACGAAGAAGAGGAAGAAGAAGAAAGCGAAGAGGAGGAGGAGGAGAGCUUUGGCCAGUCCGUUGGUCCACCAGCUCAGGGCAGAGGAAGGGGCCGGGGAAUGAUGUGGCCUCCACACAUGCCGAUGGGGCGUGGUGCGAGGCCUUUCCAUGGAAUGCAAGGUUUUCCACCUGGGAUGAUGGGUCCAGAUGGGAUGUCAUAUGGACCUGUUACACCUGAUGGGUUUCCCAUGCCUGACAUUUUCGGUAUGGCUCCUCGUGGUUUCAAUCCGUACGGUGCUAGAUUUUCCGGUGAGUUUAUGAAUCCCCAGUCUGCUAUGAUGUUUCGUGGACGACCUUCUCAACCUGGCGCCAUGUUUCCUCCUGGUGGGUUUGGGAUGAUGAUGGGUCAAGGACGUGGUCCCUUUAUGGGUGGGAUGGGGGUUACUGGUACUAACCCAGCUCGAGCUGGUCGGCCUGUAGGACCUCCAUUGUAUCCACCUCCUGCAGUACCUUCAUCUCAGAACAUGAACCGAGCUAUGAAGAGGGAUCAAAGGGGACCAGGUAGUGAUAGGAAUGAUAGAUAUAUUGCAGGUUCAGACCAAAACAGAGGCCAGGAGAUACCGGGUAGCGGACACGACGACGAAAUGCAAUAUAAACAAGGAUCAAAAGCUUAUCCUGAUGAGCAAUAUGGGAUGGGAACCGCCAUUAGGAACGAAGAGAGCGAAAGUGAGGACGAGGCACCUCGACGAUCAAGGCACGGAGAGGGGAAGAAGAAGCGGAGAGGCUCAGAAGGAGAUGCCACUGCAAUCUCUGAUCAGUGAUUGCUUGUAGUUUCUUCCUCUGAUCACUGCAAAGUUUGGAGUAUUUAAGCUUCAUCUCAUUUUUUUUCUUCCUCUUUUCAUUUUAUACCUUGCUUUUUAGGUGAAUUCUUGUGACGUAAACUUAUAAAUUUCCUAGCAGAGCCAUAAUUCAUACAUUAUUUUACAAAUUUGUAAAAGAACUUUCAUUUGAAGGGAGGAAUCUCAUAAAAAAGUCGAUAUUUGAUAA